AGACCAUAUGAUGAUGCGCGUGCGGGGGCCGUGUAUAUGCUUAAUCCCAUUUCCUUAUCCGGGGUCCGUCCUGGAGGCGCGCCAUUGGCCGGUCGCCGUCACGUGGCUUCUUAACUUUGUUCACUUGACAGAAAAGUAGGAGGGUUCAACGGAACAGGAAUAACCGAAGAGUAAAGGGAUGAGAUAUAAAUUUUAGUUAUAUAUUUUGCGAGUAGGUGCAAUUCCACAAAAAGACUGAAAUUAAUGGCCAUGAGCUCCUAUUUGAUCAACUCCAACUAUGUGGACCCGAAGUUCCCACCUUGCGAGGAGUACUCACAGAGCGACUAUUUGCCCAGCCACUCUCCGGACUAUUACAGCUCCCAGAGGCAGGAGCCUGCUGCCUUUCAACCGGACUCUCUCUACCACCACCAUCAACACCACCCGCACCACCAGCAGCGAGCCGAGCCGCCCUACACGCCGUGCCAGCGCGCAGGGCAGCCCGCAUCGGUGGUGAUGUCCCCCCGGGGUCACGUCCUACCCCCGUCCGGACUACAGACCACCCCCGUCCCGGAGCAGAGCCACCGCUGCGACUCGGUGACACCCAGCCCGCCUCCGCCUCCGUCUUGCGGCCAGACGCCCCACAGCCAAAGCACUUCGUCCCCCGCGAGCACUCGUAAGGACCCCGUAGUAUAUCCGUGGAUGAAGAAAGUCCAUGUAAACAUCGUGAGUUCAAACUACACAGGGGGCGAGCCGAAGCGCUCGCGGACGGCCUACACGCGCCAGCAGGUCCUGGAACUCGAGAAGGAGUUCCACUACAACCGGUACCUGACGCGCAGGCGCAGGGUGGAGAUCGCGCACACGCUAUGCCUGUCAGAGCGACAGAUCAAGAUCUGGUUCCAGAACCGUAGGAUGAAAUGGAAGAAGGACCACAAGCUGCCCAACACCAAGGUCCGUUCCGGGACAAACAACACAAACUCCCAGGCUCUAACCGGCUCCCAGAACCGCACCGGAUCCCUAUAGCCCGGUUCUUCGGCUCUUUGUCUGAUUUUUGCCCUUCCGUUCCCUUCCUGAUCCCCAAAUUGACCGCCGAGACGGCAGCCACGCUUGAAACCACCGGAACCCGCACUUUGGACCGGAAUAACGCCUUUUCUCUGGAGGGAAGGAGGGAUGUCAUUGCCGCCUUUUCGGCUCUGAUCUGUGCUGAUGUUACACACUAUGAUAUGACGUUAUGACGGGGGGGUCCAUUCAUAAAAACAUAAAUGAACAAAAGUAGGCAAAGAAGGAGACUGAAAGAACUGAAAAUGUUGCCGCUGCAUCUUUGCCACCCAACCAUCUCUCUCUCUCUCUCUCUCUCCUUCCUUGUCUCUCUGCUUUUUAUAUUUAUUUUUUGUACUCCUCCAUAUGACAGAGCAUACGACGGCAGGCUGAGGAUAAUGUGCCCUCGUGCGUGUGGUUUGUUUCCUUUUUUUC